AAAAANAAAAAAUCUCGUUCUCCUCUCCUCUCCUCUCUUUAUGGGUAAAGAAUAAAAAUCAUCUUCCAAUUUCUUCAUCACAUUUCUUUUCUUAUUUUAUAAACUAAAAACAUCAAUACACACAGGCAAAUAAAAAUUCUCCCUUUUAGAUUGCUACUUAUAUAAAGUAGAAAGUAUUGUGCAGCAGAUAGAUGUAAUUAUCAACGACGAAGCAUCAUCAUCAUCAUCAUCAUUAUCAUUAUCAAUUAAUCAUCAUUACAUUACAGCAGCUUACUAGAUUCAAAUUUUUAUUUUCCAAAAAGUUUUCUUCUUUCUAUAGUAGUAGGAUUUGAUUUUGCUCUUCUGAGAUUUACACAGAUCGAUUGAGAGGGAGAGAGAGAGAGAGAUUUAGGUUUUUAAGAAAAAUGGGAUCUUCUUCUGGACAAAGUGGAUACGAUCUGUCGUUUAAGAUCUUGUUGAUUGGUGAUUCUGGUGUUGGUAAAAGCAGUUUGCUUGUCAGCUUCAUUUCCAACUCCGUUGAAGAUCUUGCUCCAACUAUUGGUGUUGAUUUCAAGAUCAAACAGUUGACAGUAGGAGGCAAAAGACUGAAACUCACAAUUUGGGACACAGCUGGACAGGAACGGUUUAGAACACUGACGAGCUCUUACUAUAGAGGCGCACAAGGAAUCAUUCUUGUUUAUGAUGUGACGAGAAGGGAGACAUUUACAAACUUAGUAGAUGUGUGGGGUAAGGAGAUUGAGCUUUACUCCACAAACCAAGAAUGUGUUAGGAUGCUCGUUGGGAACAAAGUCGAUAGAGUAUCUGAGAGAGAAGUUAGCAGAGACGAAGGGAUUGAUCUAGCAAAAGAACUCAACUGCAUGUUUCUUGAGUGUAGCGCUACAACUCGUCAAAACGUGGAGCAGUGUUUCGAGGAGCUGGCUUUGAAGAUAAUGGAGGUACCUAGUCUUUUGGAAGAAGGAUCAACUGCUGUGAAAAGAAACAUCUUGAAGCAGAAACCAGAACACCAGACUAAUCCUCAAGCUGGCUGUUGCAGCUAGUGAGCAGAAACCAAAACUUGAAUCGUUCUGUUGUGUAUCGCAAACUGAAUCUGAUUCUUUUCUCUGCAGUUGCCUCUUUUGUGUGUAGAACAUAAUGUGUAGCUUCAAUGUAAAUUUGUGGGAUUACUUGUGUUCUUCUUUUGCUUCUGAAAUGAGAUUUGUAAUAAUAAUAUCAUAAUAGAAUAAACCCCAUCCAGUGUUUUC